AUGGACUCUUCGUCUUCAAGCUUGAAAGGUGAAAAUAGAUCGCGCCGCUCCUGGACAAUAUCUGCAGAAUCAAGUGCAAUCGAGAGUAAUGGUCGGUCGUCCCAGGAUUCCGCUAUCGAGAGACCGAAAACCCAGGGCGGAGAAGUAGCAGAUCCUAAGGCUGGUCCUAGUGGAUUCUCAAAGCUACUCGAAGCGCGUCGGAGGCGGAAAGAGAAUAAGAAGAAGACACAGAAACACAACGACGAGCCGGCGGUGCCGGCUGUGGUUUUCGAACACGACCUACACGAAAGUCGGUCCAAUGCGUCUCGGGAUGGGACCUCCGCAGCCCCGUCGUUGAAGGCAGAGAGCUCUGCGCAUGAGGGCGAAGGCAAUAGUCUGUUGACCGAUGAUUCAGAGCCGGACGGGCCCCCGCCGCUCACCUCACAUAACUCCCAUACCGGAUUCUACACCUCGUCCUCCCCAUUGUUCAAGACCAAAUCGGUGGAUGCUGGAAACACGGAAGGCUCCAAUGCUGAUGCCGAGUCAGCUGUUAGUGGUCCCAGUGCCACCGGGUCGGAUUCAAACCCGAGUGAAAGAAUAUCCCGACGCGCAACGUCGGGUAUGGCAUUGGAUGUACCCACGGACCCAAAUGGCAAGAAACGCAGUCCAUCCCCUGGACGACGAUUCAAAGGCGCUUUUGGCUCGGACAAGAAAGGUACCAAUGACGACGUUGAGGCUUCAUCAACUAAGUCUGGAAGCAACAAGAGCGGCCGGGGUCUGUUCGGAUCUAGCCGGCGGAGCAGUCUUUCAUCGAAACGGGCACAGGCAGCCCCUGAUGAUGUCCCGCCUCUGCCUGCACCAAUUCGGACUGAUCUAACGGACAACAAGCCUCGUUCACUUGAAGCGAGCCCCAUGCCGAACACCCCACCCAAGACUGCUAUUCCUGCGCCAGCGACAACUCUAACUCCUCCAACACCAACUGAGCACCGCCCUCUCAGUGCGCAAAUCCUGUCUAACGAUGUCACCGAUUCGCCCGAGUCUCUACAGUCUGAGAAUUCUCCGUCUGCUGGAGUCACCACCGUGAGCCCUUCUGGAAACAUGAUCUCUCACCGCCGGGUGCGAAAAGGCCUCCGGGCGAAGAAUGCGGCUUCAAACCAGCAAAGCGGCUUCUUCUCUUCUGUGUUUUCAGUUGCGCAAAACGCCGCCACUUCCUUCAGCAACAGCCUCAACGCUCAACAGAGAAAUCGCCCACCUUCUCAGCCUGCUCCUGCUGAUGCCGAUAAGUCCCUCAGUGAAUCCACCGCGGAGGCCGAGAAACCAUCAGAUAAUGAUAGCAAGAUGGCGGAAGGGAGACCCCAUCUGGACAUUGACGCACGACCCGGUGAGUCAAUUACGACUGCCGACGGUGUGGUGAUUACAAAGCCAGCGAGCUCCGCUGACAAGCGCAAAAACACAGCUGUUGCCCGGAGAGAUGAGGAAGCUGCUAAACUUGAAGACAAACGCGCAGCGCGCGCUGUUCAAGUAGCAUACGAAAGGCCCUCUGAGGUUUCAUUGCCGAACUCUGCAGAAGACGCCCUGGAGUUUCAGUCUACCACCUCACUUCCGAAAGAUGGCUUGAUUAUGGGCGAUCAAACUCCCCCCAGUGGUAGUGUCAUUGACGGCGACCUGAGCGGGGGCCUCAGACGCACUGGCAGUGUGCGCAGCAGACUCGCCCGGCGUCACCGGGGCUCGUCUGGGGCCACAGCCUCGACAAUUGGAGCUAUUGGCAUCAAUGCCGUUGCACUUGGUGUUCCUGGUGCCAAUUCCAGUGUACCUCGGUUGACUGGCUUCGCGGUUGCAAGCAAAAAGCGCAAUCGGGACUUCCACCAAUUAUUCCGGAGUGUACCCGAAGAUGAUUAUCUUAUCGAAGAUUACAGCUGUGCUUUGCAGCGUGAGAUUAUUCUUGCCGGCCGCAUCUAUAUCUCAGAAGGGCACAUCUGUUUCUCCAGUAACAUCCUGGGAUGGGUCACGACUCUAGUGAUCAGCUUCGACGAGGUUGUCGCUAUCGAAAAGGAGAGCACGGCUAUGGUGUUCCCCAAUGCUAUUGCCAUUCAAACACUCCACGCCCGUCACACUUUCCGCAGUUUACUCAGUCGCGAGUCCACAUACGACCUAAUGGUCAAUAUCUGGAAGAUCAACCACCCCACCAUCAAGAGCUCUGUAAAUGGAACCCGUGUGACCCAUGGCACCGGUGAUAAGACAGAGAAGGUUGGGGAGGAGGAGAGCGAGUCCGAAAGUGAUGUGACUGAUGAAGAUGAAAUCUACGAUGAGGACGAGGAAGGAGACAAUGCUGAUAGCUUCUUCGAGGCCGGCGACAGUGCCAACGCCAGUGCAACCUCAUUGCCAGUGCGAAAAGGAUUAAGCCGCAAGGCUUCAAGCCUAUCCGCGAAUGCAGCUCUACCGGCGGCGGGCACAAAUGUUAAUGGCGAUAAAAAGAACGGCGACAAAGGCACUUCCAAGGAAGCGCCUGCUGAUUUCCCAGGUCCGACUACACAUGCACCCACCGAAUACGUCGACGCCAAUGGACAAUAUGAGAAAGUCAUCAAAGAUGAAGUCAUUCCGGCCCCGCUCGGCAAGGUCUUCUCUUUGGUUUUCGGCCCAGCGUCCGGCGAGUUUAUGACCAAGUUCCUUGCUGAAAACCAGAAAUGUGGAGAGCUACAGUUCGAGGGCACAGCCAAGGGCUUGACAAUGGAAAGCCCAACCAGGAAGUACUCAUACAUCAAACCUCUCAACGGCUCCAUUGGUCCGAAGCAGACAAAAUGUAUCAGUACCGAGAACAUGGACUUCUUGGACCUUGAAAAGGCGGUUCUUGUCACUUUGAGCACCCAAACACCUGACGUGCCCAGUGGCAACGUUUUUGCUACCAUGACCAAGUACCUCUUUACGUGGGCUCCUGGCAACCAAACUCGCUUCCUCAUGACCUGUACUAUUGAGUGGACAGGCAAGAGUUGGCUUAAAGGUCCUAUUGAGAAAGGUGCGAUUGAUGGGCAAACGACCUUUGGUAAUGAGCUUGUCAAAGCGCUGCAGGUUGGAGUUGUUCCCCGUGGGCGUGCCAAUGGCGCUGGACGGGGCAAAGGAAAGCGCAAGAAGGGCGACAGCGGACGGCGGGAGUCGACUGCAGUUGCUUCAUUGAAGGUUGCUGUGGAUUCCAACGCCUCAAAGCAAGAAUCAUGGGGACUAUUCGAACCGAUCCGCCCCCUCCUGGAGCCCUUCACUAGCAUUCUCAGUCCGCUAUGGAAUAGCAACUUCGCUAUUUUAAUUAUCGGGAUCUUGUUCUACAUGGCCUUCUUGCGAUCCCCGUCGCCAUCGUCUAUGGUUUCGCCUGAAGUCGGAUGUCCCGGUCACAGCUUGCCCCAGAGACUGGCUGCAUACGAGGAGAUGUGGCGACGUGAAGAAACUGAGCUCUGGAACUGGCUAGAAGACCGUGUUGGUAUGGACGGAAUGGUCUUCCCCAACGUUUACCGAUCGCCCGAGCCACACCCAAGUCGCAGGUCGUCUGGAGCCAGUACGAGUGAUGAGCGUGAGCUUGCUGCACGGCUCCGGGAAGAGAAGAUCUCUGACCGUGAGAUGGACCAUGCCCUCCGUACCACACGCCAACGUCUCGACGUCCUUGAGGAGAUGAUGGGCAAACGCAGAGCCCAAUGGGAAGUUGAAGACCUAGUCAAGUCCGAAUUGUAA